ACAGACCUCCAGUGACGCUAUAUACAACUUCCAGUGAAUCACUGGAAGUAGAUAUUACACAAAACGCGAUAGACCACAUCCUCACAACGAGUUUUUGAAGACAACAGUGGACUAACAGAUCAACAUUUUCUUACAGAAUUAAUAAUGAAAUUCUUUACGUUGUUGGCGUUUGCGCUGGCUAGCAUCCACGUGACAACAGGAGGGUCAGCUGAGAACAGGUGUUUCUGUAAGGUUACUGGAACCCUGGAUGACUGCGCAUGUGAUGUUGAGACCAUUGACAGUUUCAACAAUAGAGAGAUCUUUCCCAAACUGCAAAAACUGCUUUCAUCUGAUUAUUUCAGGUUUUACAAGGUGAAUCUAAACAACCCGUGUCCAUUCUGGACCGAUCACAGUCAGUGUGGACUUAAAUACUGUGCUGUGAAACCAUGCACACCUGAUGAAGUACCCGAGAGCAUUAAAUCCAGCAGUUAUAAGUAUUCGGCAGAAGCCGAUCAGGAUGUAGAACGGUGUGAGAUGGCAGAGAAACUCGGAGCUGUCAAUGCUUCCCUAAGUGAUGAGACGCGUCAGGCGCUAAGUGAAUGGAAGAAACAUGAUGAUGAGUCUGACCGUUUCUGCAUGUUGGAUGAUGAAGACUCCCCUGAGUCACAGUAUGUCGAUCUCCUGUUGAACCCUGAGCGCUUCACAGGUUAUAAAGGACCAGAGGCAUGGAGGAUAUGGAACAGCAUAUACGAGGAGAAUUGUUUCAAACCGUAUUCAGUUAAACGUCCACUGAAUCCUUUGAUGUCUAACAGCGGAGACAUUGAUGGUCAGGGAUUCCACCGUUGGUUGGAAGGUUUAUGUGUCGAAAAGCGAGCUUUCUUCAGGCUGAUUUCAGGACUUCAUUCCAGUAUAAACGUACACCUGAGUGCCAGAUACCUUCUAGAUGAGAACUGGUUCGAGAUGCAGUGGGGUCACAAUGUCUCCGAGUUCCAGGUGAGGUUUGACGAGGAGCUGACAAAAGGGGAGGGGCCAAAGAGACUACGUAACCUCUACUUUCUGUACCUCAUUGAACUGCGUGCUCUGGCAAAAGUCCUCCCUUUUUUCGAGCAUCCCUCCUUCCAUUUCUACACCGGUCAGCCAGUGCAGGAUGCAGAAAACAAGAAAAUGCUUUUAGAGCUCCUCCAAGUGGCAAAAACGUUUCCACUGCAUUUCGAUGAAACCACACUAUUUGCGGGAAAUACAGAGGAAGCUAUGAAACUAAAAGAGGACUUUAAGCUCACCUUUAAGAACAUCUCACGGAUCAUGGACUGUGUCGAAUGUUUUAAAUGCAGACUUUGGGGCAAAUUGCAGACACAAGGCCUGGGAACAGCUCUGAAAAUCCUCUUCUCAGAAAGGCAAAUAGAAACCAUGCCCAGCACAAGCAACACCAGUCCCUCUUUUCAGCUCAGUCGGCAGGAGAUCGUCUCUCUGUUUAAUGCUUUCGGAAGAAUCUCCACAAGUGUCAGAGAAUUGGAGAAUUUUCGAUCGUUGUUGUCAAAGCUGAAACAGUGACGGAAAGAAAUCAAGCACACUUAUUAAUCAUGACACAGUUGUCGCCUUCAGGAUCGAUAAAUGUUUGCCCUUAGAAACGGGUUUUAUAGAUGAACUCCUAGAUUUGUUGUAUCCUGAAGGAACAGAGCACUUUAGUCUCAACACUGUUAUGUGGAAUUAUUCUGCACUAUUACACAUGAAAAUAUAUGUUUGUUAAAUGUAUUACUUGCAUAGGAAGGUAUUGUAUUUGGCAUCCCAAAGUGAAAGUUUACAGGAACUCAAAAAGCUUUCUUAUUCAUAAUUAUAUAGUUCAAAAUGGUUUACAUUCAUCACAUUUGUAUCAAAUUUUGACAUCACAAUUUAUCACAAUGUUUGUAUAUUUUGCAGAUUUUUUAAGUUAUUUCUUCAUUGAGAUAUGACUGAAAUAUUCAAGUACAUCUAUUAAAGUACAAAAUUUAAAGUGCAAUCAUAUUGGCUUUCGUUUCAACUUAUUAAAAACAUAAGAGUUGAGUUGAAAACUAAGUAAAAAAUUGAAAAUGCUUAACUUAUUGAGAAAAGAUUAUAUAAUUUAAAGGGAUAGUUCACCCAAAAAUGUAAAUUCUGUCAGGUUUUUAACAAUUAUGAGAGAAUUUUUAUUUUUGGGUGAACUAUCUCUUUAAAAAAAAAUGUAAUAUUUGAAAAUAUUAAUAAUAAGUUGUAUUAGCCAAUUUGAUUGUACUUUAAAGAAGCAAAAUAUUUUUUACAGUAUAUUUACUGAACUAUGUGCAUUAUUAUGUGCAUCAUAAUUGAUUUUCAUAAACAUUCCUGACUUUUUUAUGCUCUUGUGUUUUAGUCUGUGUGUUGCAUCUCUGUAUCACAUCUAUUUGUCAGAUUUUUAUUUAAAGUGACUGAAGGUACACAUUUCAUCGGUACAAUAUGUGAUUUCUGAGUAUGGAGUUCAUAACCUUAGGAUUGUUAUCGGCUUACUCUUUAGUCUUAAGAUUCAGGGUGUAGCAUUUAAAAGUUUAAGGGUCAGUUUCCCAGACAGGGUUUUGUUUAUUCCAACACUUUUUUACAAUAAAACAUUACUGAUGUGCAUUUUGAGAUAAAACAAUAUGGCACUGAUAUAUGUAAAGUUGUUAGUACAACUCAAAUGAGCAUUUUAGCCUGCUACUAGGAUAAGCUCCAUCUCAGAAACCGCCCCUAAAUGUUUUAAUUUAAACCUGAAUUCAUCAGCUCAUAAUUUAUAUUUUUGCAUUUGGCUGAUGCUUGUGACUAACAGUGCAUUACAAAGUAGACGUUUAUAUCAGUGUGUUUCUUGGAUUCAAACCCAUGACCUUAUGAGCUACUAAAGCAAAGCUCUUCCAAAGGAUUAUAAUGCAGAGCGAAAUCAAACUUUGACAUUGGGAUAUUUUCUCUGGACAGUAGACCUCUGAUUCACAAGGAACUCUGCCCUAAUUUAUUCUGUUUCCAAGGAUUCAAUUUGACUUAACCACUACAAAUUCAAUUGUGGCCAGAAGUUCAGCCAAGAAACAGAAACACAAUUAGAGUUGGGUUCUCCAGAGAAAUGCACGCUGGAAUUUUAAAACAAAAACACAAGAUACAGGAAUGUUUUCGGUUUUAGAGUUUAAAAAUGUGCUAUAAAUCGUAAUUUUUUAACAAUGUAAACAAAAUUUUUGGUGUUUAAUUUUUUUCUGUAAGCUUGGUUAUAUUUAAGGUGUACUUUUGUUGCAAACUUUUUUUUUUUUACUUGUAAUUGUAUUUUUUAUUGAUAUAGCUGCAACAUACACUACUCAACAACACAACUGUAGUCAGUUACGCUGUAAAUUAGUUUGCUUCUAUUUUUUAAGUGUUAUCAACUUGGAUUCACAAGUAAUUUCAACUUAAAGGAAAACACCACCUUUUUUUCAUAUUUUACUAUGUUCUUACCUCAACAUAGAUUAAUUAAUACAUACCUAUCUUUUUUCAAUGCAUGCACUUAAUCUUUGUACAGCGUGUCGUGAAUGUGUUAGCAUUUAGCCUAGCCCCAUUCAUUCCUUAGGAUCCAAACAGGGAUGAAUUUAGAAGCCACCAAACAUUUCCAUGUUUUCCCUAUUUUAAGUCUGUUACAUGAGUAGUUACACGAGUAAGUAUGGUAACACAAAAUAAAACGUUUGUUUGGAUCAUA